AUGGCCACAAAACGAUGUCGGUCGCAUGUCGACGUAGUGGGGGGCAUCGACGAGUUGCUGACCAUUCCGGUUUGCUCCCCGCCGCACGGAGAGGAACCCCUCGAUACCAAAUCGUCCUCUCGUCAGCCUCACUCAUCCCCACAAGUUAUCGAUAUCGACGUCAUAAGCCCUACUGCGGUAAAGCGACUGCGGACCUCGGAGUCAUCCACUGGUGUAUCGUACCACAGCCCCAGCACGGUCUCCCCCUCCUCGCCACGCACAAUAUGUGACAGCAUCGGCGGCGAUGAAAUUGACCUGCUGCGGCGCAAGGACGAGGAAGUGGCUGACAUGGCGCUCUUUCUUGCAAAGGCCGUCGGUGAGACGUCGUCACGGCACUCACUCGCUGAACUUGUCGCUUUUCUGGGCCGCCUUGGUGUGUCGCGUGUGGUGUUGGCGGUGAAGCGAGUGGGCGAACUCAGUACCCUCGUAGGCCAUCUGCAUCAGGCGACGUUGCUCACAGAGAAUGAGCGCCGAAUCGCCAUUGCGCUCUUUUAUACUCUCAUGGGCCACAUCGACGCGGAGGCGCUGUUUCAGGAGUGCGUAGUGCGGUUCCUCGUCAAGUCCUUGUGCCCUGCGGAACGGCAAGAAGCUCUAUUUGCUGUUCACCGCCGCACCGCACCUCAUUGGUCGAUGCGUCCGAAGCUGAACGGAGCGGGUCAGCGAUCCUCGCCCAGCACCCCGGGCGACGUAACAGACGGCCUUGAAGGUCAAGUAGCGAGGCUGUGUGGAGGUACAGCGGAGGGUACUGGAGUCUAUGAAGGGAGAAGCUGCGCCUCACUUGCCCUCCGCUCGCUACUGACACUCAUGUUUCUCUACAACAGUUGGCCUCACGUGACGGCCCAGCAACAUCUUUCUGUGCCGCUCCUCUUCGCCAACGCUGGUGGACUGGAGCAACUAGGCAAACUGCUGAUCUGCGGGGACACACAAGAGCAUGCGCUGGCCUUGCUAGAGGUGCUGACCGCAACAGAGGAACUCUGCUCGCAGAAUGCCGGGCUUUUGGCGCUUGUACCUUUGCUUGUAGCGCAGCUGCACACAUGUGCCGUCACAGUACCCGUGCUCAAAGUGCUCACAAACAUCACGAACAUCCUGCCGCAUGCGCUGCACGCCACCGGCACCGCGACGACAUUCGCGCACUUCGCGCUUCAGACUUUUUCACAUGCGCAGGCGCUCUGCACUCCCGACGAGACCGAAAUAUUUGUCCUUUGCUGCGCCAUCAACGUGAUCAAGUAUGAAUCGAAGGAGAUGGAGUGCUCGAAGGCAGAACUCGCCUCCACCCUUGUUGCUUCGCGUGACACGUUGGUGUCCCUCGCGACUGCGAUGAUGGAGAGCCACCGGUGUAACAAUACGGAGCAGUUGGUACGCAGUGGCUACUACGCACUUCUAUUAGGCGCACUCUCGUUGGUGUCUGCUACCGAGGAAGGCAGUAGCACGUUGCGCGUGCCCGUGAUGACGGCGGUGGCUGGGGUUUUGGGUGACACCUCCAUCGGGCUUACGAUUGCCCAUCAGCCCAUGCGCAUUGUGGUGGCCAUCAUUCAAGAAUUCCUACUCUUCCAGAGCUCCGCAGGGACGCUGACGAAAGAGACACUGAAGGAAAUGAAGGCUCUGGUUGAUCGCAUUUUAAACAGCAAUCAAAUUGACAUCGCCCCGGAAGGUGACCGGAGCAGCUCUGCCGCCGAAACCACGACUGCGGCGUCGCCAGACGAAGACGAUGACCUUUUGCUGGGUCAACUGCUGUAG